AUUGGGAUUUGGGCAAAAGAUGUGGGUUGGUUGGCUAGGUUUGAUCUCGUUACCUUUCCAACCCAUACAACCCCAAACCCACUACAACAUCUUUGAUGUUGCAGAUGUGGCACUUGGGAGUGUUAGGGUUUGGUCCAGGGCGAGGGUUGGUGGUGUUUGACAAUCUCAUUCUCGAACUUUUCCAGAUCGAACUGCUUCCCUUCUCGUUUUUACUAGGUGAUUCAUGGCUGCCUAGCCAAAUUACCAGAAUAUCCCCUCACACUGAUUUCGUCAUAAUCGGCGGCUCAGAUCUUGGUUAUGAACGUGCUUUACCAUUCUGGAAAGUAGAGAUUAAGACCUUUCCAACGCGUAUAAGCUCAUUUCUAGAAGUUACUUGAGCUGCACGCAAUGUUCUGUUGAGAUCGUCAAACUUAAUCUCUAAUUAGUUCUCUCCAGAUUUGCACGAUUUCCAUCAGUGGUAUCAGAGCCACGGUUAGAGGACGUUCUUUCCUCCAUUGGAAGAGAUCUAGAGAGGCUUGAAGUGCUCCAGAUCUAGGGUUUGACAUGGCCCAAAAGUUGGAUGGCCCUCCUAGGUUUACCGGCUCGGACUUUUCGCUAUGGAGGUUCCAGUUCACACUAUGGCUAGGUAUUAAGGACCUAGAAAGUGUGUUGGAUGGAUCGGAGAAGCGACCACGAGCUGACUCUGGGGAGGCGUCUACUGGAGCAACCAGCCAAGUGGGAUCCGGGGCUGGGGGAGCGUCGUUGAGUGGGGUGAAGGAAGGAGGAACUGCUGCAACUCGAACUGGAAGGUCGCAACCAAGUAGCGAGGAGUUGCUCAAAGCUCAAGAAGCAUGGGAUCGGAAGGAUCGCCAGGCUUUUCAGUACCUGUGUUGGGGUUUGGAGGGGCAACUUGAGCUUCUUAAGAUGCUGAUUGACCUGAAGGGGAAGGAAGGUGCAGCGGCUGCAGCUUGGAAAAGAGUACAAGAUAGGCACUUGCAGAAAGGGCUUCUAAGCGUGCUUACUUGGCGGAAGCGGUUUUACACCAUGGAGCGGAACUAUGGGGAGGGGGAGACCAUGGUUCAGUAUCUCCAGAGGGUGGAUGAGAAUGUGCGGGCUUUGGAGGAGCUGGAUUACACGGUAGAUGAGAAGGAGAUCAUCUAUACUGCGCUCCAAGGGUUGGAUCAAGCGGCUAAUGAGGCAUUACUACAGUACCUUCACCUCGAGCAACAGAAAUGGACCAAGGUGUGGAUUUGGGAGGUUCUAAUUUCUGAUGAGGCUCGCAAGGUUGAUGCUGGAAGAGGUCUAGAAGGAGGCAUGGGUGCAGCAAAUAAAGCUUCCUUCAGGAAAGGCUAUCAACAGCAAGGAGGUGGGGGGAAGAAGAAAGAGUUGGACAAAUGCCUUGUGCCCGGAUGCAACAAAAAACACUCUUGGAAGAGUUGCUGGAGUAGGCCUGAGGGAUGGAAGCCUCACGGCUACUCUGGAGAGGCCCCACCAGUGACCAAACCUGAUUGGGUGGAGAAAAGGAUGAAGAAGGGGCUCUGGAAUAAGAAGGGCAGCAAGGGAGCAACGGCCGCAGCUGCUAAGGAUGAGAAGGGGAAGGGCCAAGACGACUCCUCCGAUGAUGGUUUCUCGUUUCUCAUGCUAGGGCAGGAUGCAGCUCUUGCUGGUCGUGCAUUGGCUGAUCCCAACUUCCUGGUUCUAGACUCUGGAGCAACAUCUGGGAUGCUUCCUCGUCGUGAUCUCUUCACCUCCUACCAUCCUCUCCCACCAAAUUCGAGGAACGUGAUUGUUGGGAGCGGAGAUUUGCUGCAAGCAAUUGGCAUCGGCACGAUCACCAUUAAGGGGAAGGAGGGGGAGCUAGUGGGUGUGAAGGGGGUCCUUCAUGUCCCUGGUUUGGCUGCAAACCUCCUUUCAUGCUCGCAGCUGGCUAAACAGGGAUACAUCUGCACUUUCACUGAGGGAGGGUGUACUGUUAGAAAGGGUGAAGCUGUGGUGAUGGAGGCAAAGCUGGACAAGGGUUUAUACCUUGUCCCAGCUUGUGUGCCUAAUUGUUACAAGGCACAUAUGGUUUUUUCUGAGGAAGCCGCUUGUAGCACUCGCUGGAGGCAGGUGGAAAUGGUGUCACCUGAGUUGCUACACCUUCGCAUGGGGCACGCGGGGAAGCAGCAACUGCUGGAGUGUGUGAAGAAGGGGGAGCUGAAGGGGGUGGAGGUCAAGGAAGGAGCUGGGCAGCACAGCAAAUGUCCCGACUGCACGUCUGGAAAGCUGCCUAGAACCUCAUUCCCUAUCUCCUCUAAUCAUGCCUCGACUCCCCUUGAGCUGGUGCACACGGAUGUGUGUGGACCGAUGCAAACUCCUGACCGGGAAAAGGGCAACAGAUACUUUGUCACCUUUCUUGAUGACUUCAGUCGACUUAGCUGGGUCAUCUUGGUGAAGACCAAGGAUGAGGUGGCAAAGAUGUUUAGGCGGUGGAUACGCUAUGUGGAGAGGGAGUCAGGGGCCAAGGUGAAGGUGUUAAGGUCAGAUCGGGGUGGAGAGUACCUUGGGAAAGAACUUCAAACCUUCUUGGAAGAAAAGGGUAUUACCCACCAGCUCUCUGUACCUUACACGCCGCAGCAAAAUGGGGCAGCGGAGCGGAUUAACAGGACCUUGACCGAUUUGGCUCGGGCCAUCCUUUCCCAUGCCGAGCUUGAUAACACUUGGUGGGGGGCAGCAGUGCAGUAUGCCAACUGGGUGAAGAACAGGAUGGGCAGCAAGGGGCUUGGAGGCAAGAGCCCAUACUCCUUAUGGACAGGGAAGGUGCCGAAUGUUUCCAUGGCACGAGUGUGGGGGUGCAUGGCACAGUAUAAGGUACCUGACCAGCAAAGGAGGAAGCUAGAUCCUAAGGCACAGUGGGGGAUCUUCCUUGGGGUUUCUGAGAGGAGCAAGGCUUGGGUGCUGUGGAGUGUAGCUGACCAGCGUGUGAUGGAGAGCCGUGAUGUGGUUUUCCAUGAGGGGCUGAAUUUUAAGGGGUGGAAGGAGGAUGGUACAAGCCAAAGUGGGACUUCCAUUCAAGACCCUCAUACGGCUUCUAUCUUUGAGGGGGCAUGGGAGGACCUUGGAGAUGAAGGGGAGGAGCAGCAGGAGGAGCCAGAACCAGCUGAUCCUAACCAUGAGGAGUCCCGAGAGACAGAUUCUACCCCUCAGCCAGCCACGCAGGCCGAUGCGCGUGAUGAUCAGCCGGAGCAGCAUGUGCCUUCAACUCCAUCGAGAAGCAGUUGGCAGCAGUUGUUGAACCAGCAGCUGUCCAAGACUCCAAGGACUCCAAUGAAGAGGGUGACUUGGGAGGAGAAGCUGCGGAGGCUGGAAGAAGGAGAGGCAACACCUCUGCGAUGCAGUGCUCGAAUUUUCCAGCCACCUGAAAGGUUUUCACCGGGGCACAUUGCAUGCAUGCGUGAUCAUCUUGUGUCUGAUUUGGAUGAUUGCAUGCUUGUGGACAUGCAUGGGCAUGAGUAUGCUCUUGAUGUGUGUCUAAUGGGUCAGGUGCAUGAGCCUAGGUCAGUCCAUGAGGCGCUGAACCGUCCCGAAUGGGUUGAGUCUAUGCAUGAGGAGCUUGAGUCUCACAAGGUAAAUGGAUCAUUUGAGCUGGUUGAUCCAGCCGUGGUACCACCUGGUUUGGAGGUCCUCAGGUGUCAAUGGGUUUGGAAAUACAAGCAUAACCCUGAUGGUACCAUUGAGAGGCCUAAGUCCAGAUUGGUGGUGAUGGGAAACACGCAGAAAUUGGGAGUACACUAUGAAGAAGUGUACUCUCCAGUUGGGAAGCAUGCGACCUUGAGAGGUAUGCUUGGAAUUUCAGCUGCUUUGGGGCUUGAUAUCCAUCAUAUGGAUGUCAAGACAGCCUUCCUCCAUGGGGAUUUGGAGGAAGAGCUUUACAUGCGGCAGCCCCCUGGUUUUGAUGAUGGCUCUCAUCGAGUGUGUCGCCUCAAAAAGUCCAUUUAUGGGCUAAAGCAAGCCCCACGACAGUGGUACCUAAAAUUUGAUGAGGCUCUCAUGGAUUUUGGGUUUGAGAGAUCUGAUUGUGACCCUGCCUUGUACCACUUUGUGAGAGAUGAGGAGCGGAUCUCCUUAUUCCUCUAUGUGGAUGACCUUUUGCUCCUAAGCUCUAGCAAGGCUUUGCUAGAUCGAGUGAAAGACUUCUUGUCCUCGCGUUUUCGCAUGAAGGACUUGGGGCAGGUGAAGUACUACUUGGGAAUGCAAAUUGAGCGUGAUGAGAGUGGUAUCUUGAUUCAUCAAGAGAGGUACAUUCUUAAUAUGCUUCAGUCCUUUGGUCUAUCAGAGGCCAACCCCGUGCGUACUCCUCUCCCAACAGGCUUUGAUGUGCAUGCCUAUGAGGAUGAACCCUUGCUGCGAGAUGAGCUGGUCAAGCUCUACCAAAGCAUUGUGGGAUCCCUCAUGUAUGCUUGUACUACCACACAGCCACAGAUAACCUUUGCAGUCUCACAGCUAUCUAAGGUCGCCUCUUGUCCUAAAAUGUUUCACUUGCAGGCCGCUAAGAGAGUGCUGAGGUACCUGAAAGGUGGUGUCAAGUCAGGUAUCUUCUUCCAAACACAGCCCCAGUCUCAGGUCCAGCUAGUUGGCUUCAGUGAUGCUGACUAUGCUGGAGAUUCCGCAAGUCACAGGAGCCACAGUGGGUAUGUGUUCUGUCUGAAUGGGGCAGCUAUCUCUUGGCAGAGCAAGAGGCAGCCCGUGGUAGCACUCUCUACCACUGAGAGUGAGUAUAUAAGUCUGUGUAAGUGCAUUCAGGAGGGUGUCUGGCUGAGGCGUUUGUUUGGGGAGUUUGGCCAUGAUCAUGCUGGUGGUGUGCCUGUGUUUGUGGAUAAUCAGUCUGCCAUUGCCCUUGCACAGAAUGCAUGCUUGCAUGGCCGCACCAAACACAUGCAGGUCCGGUGGCAUUUCAUUCGGGAGAUGGUAGCUGCGGGUGAGGUGAUUUUGCAGUGGUGCCCCACCAACCGUCAGGCUGCUGAUAUUCUUACCAAGUCUCUUCCAUUUGAGCGUCAUGGUGUGUGCAUGACCUUGUUCGGGAUGCAGCCCCAUGAUGACAGAGUUCCCGCAGCAGAUGCCGGCGUCUUGGUGCUCCUCUCCUUGGCGGACUCCAUGCUCUGGGUGGCCCCAACCCAUGGGCACGGGGGAGUGGUGUGAAGUCUUUUGCCCUAUGGUGUUGAGCCACACCCAGCACGAGCAAGGGGGAGUGAUAAAUGUGUAGUGUUCUGUGGUGUAGUUUGCUCUAGCUGAUUGUGGGCUAUUGGGAUUUGGGCAAAAGAUGUGGGUUGGUUGGCUAGGUUUGAUCUCGUUACCUUUCCAACCCAUACAACCCCAAACCCACUACAACAUCUUUGAUGUUGCAAAUGUGGCACUUAAGAGUGUUAGGGUUUGGUCCAGGGCGAGGGUUGGUGGUGUUUGACAAUCUCAUUCUCGAACUUUUCCAGAUCGAACUGCUUCCCUUCUCGUUUUUACUAGGUGAUUCAUGGCAGCCUAGCCAAAUUACCAGAAUAUCCCCUCACACUGAUUUCGUCAUAAUCGGCGGCUCAGAUCUUGGUUAUGAACGUGCUUUACCAUUCUGGAAAGUAGAGAUUAAGACCUUUCCAACGCGUAUAAGCUCAUUUCUAGAAGUUACUUGAGCUGCACGCAAUGUUCUGUUGAGAUCGUCAAACUUAAUCUCUAAUUAGUUCUCUCCAGAUUUGCACGAUUUCCAUCACUUUCUCGUGCAGCCAAACCAGCACUGCUGCAAUGUCCUCUGUCCCCCUUCUGGUGCAGGCUGCAGCCAAGCCAGCACUGCUCAACUCCCCUCUAACCCCUUUCUUGUGCAGCCAAGCCCCGACUGCUGUGCUCCCCUCUGCCCCCUUUCUGGUGCAGUCAAGCCUGGACUGCUGUGUUCCCCUCUGUCCCCUUUCUUAUGCAGCCAAGCCUGCACUGGUAUUAGGCAACCAUCCGCCUGUGUGGUUCAGCCAAGUCCGCACUGCUGCUGUCUUCUCUGUCCCCUUUCCAAUGCAGCCAGGCCAGGACUGCUGGACACCCCACCCACCUACCCCUCUGUUGUGCAGCCACGACUGGACUGCUGUACUCCCUCUGCCCCCUUUCUCGUGCAGCCAAACCAGCACUGCUGUAAUGUCCUCUGUCCCCCUUGUGGUGCAGCCAAGCCAGCACUGCUCAACUCCCCUCUAACCCCUUUCUUGUGCAGCCAAGCCCCAACUGCUGUGCUCCCCUCUGCCCCCUUUCUGGUGCAGUCAAGCCUGGAUUGCUGUGUUCUCCUCUGUCCCCUUUCUUAUGCAGCCAAGCCUGCACUGGUAUUAGGCAACCAGCCGCCUGUGCGGUUCAGCCAAGUCCGCACUGCUGCUGUCUUCUCUGUCCCCUUUCCAAUGCAGCCAGGCCAGGACUGCUGGCCACCCCACCCACCUACCCCUCUGUUGUGCAGCCACAACUGGACUGCUGUGCUCUCCUUGGUCCCCUUUUUUGUGCAGCUAAGGCUUGACUGGUUACGGGCAACCAGCACGGUGUUUGGUCUAGCCGUAUAGAGACUGCAGGUCCCUUCCAUGCCACCCUUCCAUAUGCCACCUUUCCAUAUGCCACCUGGGCGAACGCAGCCCUGCAUAUGGCGCAAGAGCAUCGAGAGAGGCUAGAGGAGCACAUGGAGCAAGCGGGCCGAGCCAGCACGGUAACGACUAACGACGACGCCGCCGAUCAGAGGACCAUACACAAGCUUAUCAAGCACAUGUGAGGGCUCAUUGUAUGCCGUGAAUGUUGUCACCCCGCGGUGCCCUUAUCAGCGGAUGAUGGACCCGAAACCCUACAGCAAGUAAGGCUACACCUAGAUGCCCUUAUCGACCAAUUCAAAGAGGAGCGUGGAUUGACCGAUACCACCAUCAAAGACCUGCUGGAGGGGACGCCACGAAAGGCGACCGGGUUCCGCUACGACAUGGAGAAGUAUCACAAGACCACGGAGGGCAGGGUCGAGCCCAUUGGGGGCUUUGGGCAUGGAGGGGCACGACAGGGUCAACGCUGCAAGAUGCUGAGGCAACUAGUGGCAAGCGGGACAACGACGGUUGCCCAAGGAGAUGAGGGAGGAGCGGGGGAGCCGGGGAAUGGCACAGGCGAUGCAACACCGACCGAUGGCCGAGGUGCGGCGCCGUCAGCAGUGGCGAAUCCCAUAUGUGGUUUGGGAGAUGUGGGGCUUGCUUCCACAGAGGACCAACCCGUGGUGGGAAGCCCGGUGGUGGUGGGGUCACCAGGUGUGGAGGCGGGGGGGCUGCAAAGAACUGGUGCAGUUGAAGAGGAGCGCAGUGCCGGCUGCCUGGUUGUGCCGGAUGAAGGCGCAGUGGCCCCUAGCGUUGGGGGGCUCGGCCUAGAUGAAAGUCCGGCGGGGGUGGCGGUCGGGAAAGCGUGCAGGCGCACGCGGUUUCCACGUGGCUGGCGCGAUACGACAUCUGAGCUGACGGACAAGCAUGGGGCGGUGUGUUUCCUAGACCCUCUGUUGUUGCUGAACUUCUUCAUGGUGGCGCGUCUGAUGUGUUUGAGGGGGACAUCCUGCAUGGGUCGAAUGCGACUGCGCUCGGCAAAACUGAAGUGGGCUCGCUCGACACAUGCCGUUAUGUGCGCGAGUUCUGGACCACAAAGCGUGGUAAGGUGACUGCUAGUGCUGGUCCACAAGGCCCUAAGACAUCGCUAUUCUUACCCCGCUUUCUAGGGGCGUUCGCGAAAGCGAGUCUAGGGUUCCAGCAUCUUUCAGAGGUCAGCCGCACGCUGGGGCUGGAGUCGAUGGGUCGUGAGACAUUCUACCGUUACAUGCGUCGUCCACUCGGGUUAUGGGAAGCAAUCAUCAUGGAGAGUGAGGACAGCAUGGAAAGGGUGCGAGAACUGAUGGGGAAACGGCCUGUCCCAGGAGAGUUCGUGUGCGUAGACGGUAGAUGCUUGCAGGUGAGAGAGGGCCGAUCGUGUACUGUUACGUUUAUGGACCCAGUCUCUCGUAAGAUCCUGUACUGUGUCACGCUGAAUAAGGAAAAUGAGAAGGUGUCGUCUACAGCGUUAGAGCGGCUGGCCUUCGAAAUGGGUUUGAAACAACUAGAGGCCAUGGGUUUCCAUGUGAAAGGCAUCAUUUCAGAUGAUGGCGGAUCUUUCAAGGCAGCCAUUGUCGGUCGCGAUAUCACUCAUCAGAUGGAUGUGUGGCACAAGGGGCGAGCUCUCACGCGAAAGUUUGUGAAGGAGUUGGUAGAUGUGCUUAGUCCAGUACUGAGCGUGAGCGAUGCUGAGAGUUGCGCGGACCUGUGGUUGCUUGGACGAAAAGAGCUUUGGGGAUGGCUAGAGAAGCAGAAGGAGAUUCGAGGUACUGUCAGUGCCACCUCGCAAAAGCCGACGAUGAUUAGAGCAGUCUGUGCAACCAUGGGCAAGUUCGCGUUCGAUGCCGCAGCCAAGCCCCCAACCAGGUUCCUGUACGAGGAGAUGCGGAAAGUCCAGUGUGUGGCACGACAUAUGGUGGGUGAAGGCCCCCCUCGACGAAAGCGUUGUCGCAAGGACACCGACGCUCAAGGGGUGAAGGAGAAUGCCGCACCUGAGGAACCUUGCAACGUUGACAUGCAGCAAAAUCUACCCGAGGGCUGCGCGCGACGUACUGCGGGGGGUGUGGGGUGCGUUGGUACCCACGACGCCGCCUUUGCUCCAGUUGUGGUGGGGUGUGAGGGCACCUGUCAUCAUGCUACAGGCCACAGUGAGGGCUGUGGGGGGGGCGCAGCAGACCUUUUAGAGAUUGGGCUGGCGGACGUGGAAGUAUUAUUCGGCUUCGACCCGCAUGCGUCGCAUACAAGGCCGGACACCCUGUGCUCCAUUUUCGUACGAGAGGCGGCCAACUCCAUGACAACCGACCGAGAUCCCGAAUACUGUAUGGAAGGCCUUGAAGACUUGAUGCAGGGUUUGCAGACUACGGCAUGCUCGCCGAUGAACGCCUGCCCUGAGCGACACUUGGCGUGUUUAUGGGGGAGCAGCACUCUUCCACGUCCUGAAUUUCGUGGUCCUCUAGUUCCGGUUGGACCCAUGCUUCCAGUUGGGGAUGGAAAUGCUCCGCCGCAUGGCAAGUUUCCUCUCCACAGUGAUUGUGCUAAUCUUUCCUGCGUAGACCACGUCGACCCUCUUCUUCGAACCCCUCUUUUCCCUGUGCUUUUGUAACAUGCGUGUUAAAAAUACAUGACAGCUACAUACAUGGACUCAAUCAGCUGAUGGAUGUCUUACAACACCGCUAUUCUUAAAACUAUCUAACUGCGCUCUACCA